AUGGCCUUAGACUGCUAUGUGGCUGUGCUUAAGCCUCUGAGGUACUCUGUAGUCAUGGACCACAAGCACUGCUGGCAGCUCUCCAGCACUGCCCGGCUCAAUGGUCUGGCAAAUUCACUGCUGCAGUCCAUACUCAUGGUCCAGCUGCCCCUCUGUGGGAACCAGGAGCUAGACCACUUCUUUUGUGAGCUGCCUGGGGUUAUUAAGAUGGUUUAUGUGGACACCAUAAUCAACGAGGUUACUUUAGCUAUGGUGGCCACCUUUCUGAUAAUGGGUCCCCUCUCCAUGAUUCUUGUCCCUUAUAGUUGUAUUGCCCAAGCCAUAUUUCGAAUCCCCUCUGUUGAUAAGAGACUUAAGGCCUUCGACACUUGUUCUUCACGUUUACUGGUGGUAUCUUUAUUUUAUGGCCCUGGCAUCUACAUCUAUAUGCAGCUUUCAGGGGAUAGCUUUCAAGACCUUACCAAAGUUCUAAUGCUGUUUUACUGUGUUAUUACUCCUAUGGCCAACCCAUUCAUCUACCCCCUGAGGAGCAAGGAUGUUAAAGAAGCUUUGAGGAGACUUCUCAGAAGAGCCUUUUAG